AAGCAGCGGGAUCUGCAGCCCGUCCUCACCUUUGGCAAAGCUGCCGCCGCCUGCCACCAGCAGGCAAGGGUUUACGGGGCCUGUAUUCUUGCACAGUACGAGACCGUCGAGAGAGGCAUGUGCGAGAGGGAGUUUGGAGAGUUCAAAAAUUGUGUACAGAGCAAGCUUGGUCGCAAGUGGUAG